ACUACAGCGGGGAGAACCGCACACAGCCACUUAAAGGAAAAUACAACAUUUGAAGACAAAUGAGAACGAACCACGCUGCUUUUCAAAGAAAUAGCUGAGAUGUUCCGGCUGCGAGAAGAAUGCAUCGACAAAAUGUGGAGUAUGCUGUGUGGAGAAACUAACUGUUUACGUUGCCUACACAACGAGAUUUUGGGCUAACAAGCUAGCACGGUUGUCGCUAAAACAUGGUGGGCAGACAUUGAGCAAAAAAAAAUAAAUAAAUAAAAAUUUUAGACAGGCUCAAAUAGUUGCUAUCUUUUCUUUUUUCCAUGAUACUGGAAACUUUAUUUGGUUGUUUUCUUUUUCACCACAUCAUUUAAAAUGCGUUUCUAACUGACAAAAACGCAUGAACGACUUGCUUUGAAAGUUUCUUGACGUUUCGCUAAAGUUAACCAUCCAUCACGAGCGCGCAUCGAUCAUCGCGAGCUUCGUGGUGAAAGAUGAUUGACUGACCGAUCGAUCUCGCGCGCUCUUGACCGAUAAUGCACAAGAAAAGAGGAGUUUAUUAUCAUGAUCACAACCGAUUCAGAGCACCACAGCCUCAUCCAUUCAUUUAACACCAUUCACUCGAGAAAACAGUGUUCAAUGUUGGCUGAGGUGAAACUUUGGAACCCAUUGGACUAUCAUGGAUCAUACGGAAUGAAUAUCUUCCCGUGGUUAAUUAAUGGCACUUCCACUAUGUGUUGGGUUUAAAUUUGGACUACUCAACGCAAAGGAACACAUGGUUUGCCUUCAAAUCAAUUUAGAAGACUUGCAGGGCAAAAUACAUGGAGACUAGUUGGUCAUGCCAAGGAAGGAGUUACCAUUGCCAGAGGGUUGGGAAGAGGCCCGAGAUUUUGACGGGAAAGUCUAUUAUAUAGACCAUAUUAAUCAAACCACCAGCUGGAUUGACCCAAGGGAUCGGCAGACUAAGCCUCUGACCUUUGCCGACUGUAUUGGAGAUGAGCUGCCUGUGGGUUGGGAGGAGGCCUAUGACUCCCACAUUGGAUCCUAUUAUGUCGACCACAAUACUAAGAGUACGCAGCUGGAGGACCCACGAGCGCAGUGGCAGCGUGAGCAGGAGCUCAUGUUGCGGGAUUAUCUGAGCGUGGUUCAGGAUGCGUUGAGCGCUCAGAAGGAGAUCUAUCAGGUCAAAGAGCAGAGACUUCGUCUGGCCCAGCAGGAGUAUCGGCAGCUAAAUGAUGCUUGGCGAGACAAGUCUUCCUCACAGACCAGCUUAAAUUCCAGGUCCUCAUCAAGCAGUAAAUAUGACCCUGAAAUCCUCAAAGCGGAGAUUGUUACAGCAAAAAGCCGGGUAAAUAAGCUGAAGAGAGAUUUGGCGUGUAUGAGGCAAGAACUGCAAUAUAAAGAGCAAGGCUUUGAGACGUUGAAAGAAAUUGAUCACAAAGUGUCUAGUGCCUCACAUGGCUACAAACUCCACGAAGCACAGGCCAUCUUGAAGGAGGUGAAGAACAUUAAAGAUGCCAUCAGCUCCGGGGAGAAAGAGAAACAGGAACUUAUGCGGAAACUGGCCGUGUUGAAGGAUGGUUUCCAGUUAGACUAUGGCUCUCAGUCUGAUCUGUGGGCCAGCUGUCCGUCCCUGGCAAACUCAAACCUCUCUCUGCCCCGCCUGUAUUCAGAUGCCGAAUCACAAACAGACAUACCUGCUGAGUUUGUAUCAAGCUCAAAUAAACUGGCUGAGAAGGUGCGACUGAGCCUGAAAUAUGAGGAGGCAAAACGAAGGAUUGCAAACAUUGAGGUCCAGAUUGCCAAGCUGGACAGUGAGGCGUGGCCAGGCCUUCUGGACCCAGAGAGAGAUCGCCUUAUUCUCAUCAACGAGAAGGAAGAGCUGCUGAAAGAACUGCAGUAUGUAACUCCAUGUAAGCGCGCACCCAGUGACGCAGAGAAGAUAGAGUCCGAGAAGAAACGACUGGAGAGGGACCUGCAGGCUGCACGAGACAAUCAGAGCAAAGCACUGACCGAGAGAUUGAGGCUGCACUAUAAGAGAAACAAACUUGUGAAGGAACUGGAGGAGACGGUGAGGUUGGCUUCUUCCCUACACACCCAGCUGAAAAGCCUGUCAGCCAGCACGCUGUCAUGUUCUUCAGGCAGCAGCCGUGGCUCGCUAACUUCCAGUCGAGGAUCCCUGGCCACCUCCAGCUUGGGCUCCACCUCAUCUCUCAGCUUCACCGACAUCUACCUGGAGCAGCCCGAGCUGGGCGACCCUGACUUCCAGAACAAACUGGACUCUAUGCUGCAGGAGGGAAGCACCUCUGGCUACAGGCCACCCAGUUCCAUCACCACCAUCCAUGAGAAUGAGGUGUCUUCAUCCUCCAGGCCAGUCGGCAGUGGGCUAGUAGUGGUCCAGCGAACUCAAGUACUACGGCUGUCAGAGACACCUCACUCAAUGAGCUCCCUAUCCCCACGUUCUUCACUGUCUUCCUUGUCUCCUCCCUGCUCGCCCCUAGUCACUGAUGCUUCUUUUAUGUCGGGAGAGGUCUUCACGGGUCCGACUUCACAGUUGGACUUGGAUCUGCAGACCAGGUUGAUGGAGCUACGGCUGGAUGAAGACCAAGAACAGGGGCCGCUGGCUUACUGUGACAACAAACAAGACAGAAUUAUGGCCACAGUAGAGUCUUCAAAAGAUGCUGUUACGCAAAUGAGGGUGUCAGGGCCCGGAUCAAAGAAGGCGGGUGUAACAUCGGCUGUCUCUGAUGAAUCAGUAGCGGGAGACAGUGGGGUGUAUGAGCCUUCAGAGAAAAGGCCUGGGCUUCCUGCCGAGCAGCUGCUGUGUUAUGACGAUGGGAGCUCAUCGAGCAGCGCUCAGAUCAAACUCGGCCUGAAGUAUGAAGUGAAAGAGAAGAGGUUCACAGUGUUCAUCAUGCAGCUCUCCAACUGUAGUGCGCUCUCCCUGCCAGCCAACCAGAACAUAUAUGUUCGUGUGGUGGUGCUGCCGUGCUCUGAGCCCGUUCGCUGCCUGUUCCGCACCCGCAGCUCUCUACCGCAGGACUCCUUAGAACUGAAGGAAGCGUUUGGCCUGCAGAUGUCCUCCACUGCUCUCAGACACAAAACCCUCCGCAUUGACAUCUGCACUACUAGUAAAUCUGGCCGAGAGGAGUGUCUAGCUGGUGCUCAGAUCAGUUUGGCUGAUGAACAGUAUUCAGAGGAAUUCUGCAGCAAGUGCUACAACCUCCUCAACUACAUGUACCAGCCAGACAUGGACAGAAAGCACAAGGAGCCUGAUGCCUCCACUCAGCAGGAGCUGACUCCAGCUCCCAGCACUUCGGAAAUCUCAGCUGCACACCUGGAUAACACACCUCUGGAGGACUGGCCUGCAGAGGCCCUGGAGGGUGAUGUGUUCAUGGAUGGAGAUGGCAGUGAUGGUGAGGAGGAUGAAGAGUUCUACCCUGAUGACUGUCAUUGGGAACAGGAGGAAGAGGCGCUAAUGCCCGGGCCCUCAGCAGUCAUAACAGAGAAGGUAAAUAAGGAGACCAGUAUGGACAGUCUGCCCCAUUCUGUCUCUGUGGUUCGUCCCAAGGAGCGACGACGUGACGUCCAUCAACAAAAUCCUUUUAUGCGAGGAAACACCAUCAUCCGGUCCAAGACAUUUUCCCCUGGACCCCAGAGCCAGUAUAUCUGCAGAAUUAAUCGCAGUGACAGUGAUAGCUCCACGCUGUCGAAGAAAUCUCCCUUUGUCCGGAAUGCUUCGGAGCGACGCAGUGUUCGAAUGAAGAAGCCACCGAUGCAGGUGAAAGGUCUGGACGGUCUCUUGCGCACCUCUCUGGAUCUCGAGCUGGACUUGCAGGUGACUCGCACACGGCAGAGUCGUCUGAACGAGGAUCUGCGUGUGCUGCGGGAGCUAAAGGAGCAGUUGGAGAAAGCCCGGCAGCAGGGGCAACAAGUCCUGCCCACAUGGGUACAGGAGGACGAACGCUUCCGUCUGCUACUCAAACAGGCAGAGAGACAGACCCAGGAGGAGCAGCUACAGGAAAAGAGGGUAGAGAAGAUGAUGCGAGCAGCAGCUAAGGAUGUGCACAAGAUCCGUGGACAGAGCCUUAAAGAGGUCCCUGGGGUUCAAUCCUUCAGAGAGAAGAUGGCCUUCUUCACCCGAGCGAAGAUAAAUGUUCCUGACCUACCAGCUGACGACGUGUAGAAAAAAGUAUUUCCGUCUUUACUGCUGUUUCCAUGGAGACGCAACUGACGUCUGGCAGUAUCAUGAAGAAUUGUGUGAAAGAAAAAGUAUGUUGCCGCAGGAAAAUGUCAUUUUAGAACACUGGGUUUGAACUUUCAAAACUGAAAUUGUAUAGAUCCAUGUGUCUUUCUUUCCUUUUUUUAUUUUUAUUUUUAGCUAGACUUCUUUUUCUAGUUGCAUUGUGUUCUGUUACUAAUACGAGUAAGUUGGUAUCUGUUCUAGGUUUUUUAGUGGUCAUUCAAAACACCAGUGCGAUCUUUGAAAUGAGUUUUAAACAUGCUGCUCUGAUGAUUCAGGCAGAACUGCUCACGGUAGCUCUCGAAGAUGUGAAUAAAGAUACUUACGGUACUACUUCCGUUCAAGGGUUCAGGAAUCAGUAUCUAGCUUUAUGUUGCAAUGACAAAAUGAAUGGGCAUAAAUCCUGCGAUCUAAGUCACGUCCCUCUACAAACAACCUUGUUCUGUCCACAUUUCUGUUCAACAAUAUGUACGUUGGAUGAGUUUUUUUUUUUUUUUUGCAAAUAGUUGCAGGUGUUAGCAAGCAUGAAACUAAAGCAUGUUGAACAGUUAAAUAGUCCGGUUAUCUUUUAGAUUAAGUAGAUUACUAACAGCUCUCCAUGUUUGUGUUAAUUACACAUUCAAACAAGACACAUACUAGUGCAAAUGUCCGUAAUAUGAUGUAGAAUCUGCAAUUAGUCCAACAGACUCUCAGGUAGAAUAUGAGAUAGUUCAUGCACUUUAAUACAAAUCAGAUAGCGAGAAAAAGGUAUUGAUAUAGAGAAUUAAGCAAAAAGCACAUUUUGAAUGCAAAUAUUACAUCCCAUUGAAGUAAAACCCUAUUUCUGAGCUCUUUUUGCAUCUUUGGAAAUUUUCUACCUUGUUUUUAUAUUUCUUAACUACCAUUGUAGUACUUGCAGUGGCAUGUUGCAUUAGUUUUACAUUCCUUUUUAGUUUAGACCUCACUUAAUCUAACCCAAACUCCAGGCAACAAACACAAGUUUUGUAAUAGUUAGUUUAUUUGACUAAUAAUCUGUCAGUUAAAGCUUUUGAACUAAAUGUAAAGAAAAGAAGAGAAUCAUUUAGUGUUUUGGUGAAUCUCACAAGGAAAUGUCUGUAAUUUCUGACCACAAAAUCAAAAGACAAAAUAGAUAAAGUAUAUUUUGCAUGCAGAAAAUGUUUUUUUUUUCCUUCAUUGUGACAUUACUUUCAUGACAAUUCUCAAAUUACUAUUAUAUAAUCCCCAAAUUCUCAUUACUAUGAUGCGAAAAAAUAGAAUUCUCAUUAUAAUACAUUAACCCUUUGGCCCAUGAGAAAAAAAAUAUAUCGUCAAAAUAUUAAUAACUACAGUCUUGACCAACACAGAAUAGUUAUGGUUUGAAAGCUUAGAAACUCUACUUUACAAUGCAUGCAGGCAUUAUGACCAAAAGUGAACAAGUGCUUUGAAAUAUGCAGACAAAUCAGAAGUGUUCCGUUUUGAUAAUUAUUUUGAUAAAAAUUUGCACUGUACAUAUUAUUGCAAUCAGUAAAAACAUCAAACUGAUCAAACAGCCAUGUGUCAUAUGUUGUUGUAAAGCUCUCUCAAAGAGCAGAAUACAACCAGCCUAAUUGUUUUUCUCACAGACAUAAAUAUAGCGAGUAAUAAGUAAGUAUAUGUCUUUGACAGUUAUGUUGAUGUUGCUCAUAUGCCGCAUUUUCACUUAUAACUUCACGAAAAUUAAAUGGAACAUACAAUAUCACAUACCAUUACUUAGAGGAGGUGAUUAUCUUUCAAACGAGUCCAAACACAAGGUAAUCAGAUGCAUAGAUCAUAAGAUAAUCCACAUGAAGCACAAUGUUACAUAUGGCCACCAGAAGAUGGCGCCAAGUAAAUGACACAGACUCAUUGAGUUAAAAGGCACAUAUUCUGUGAAAUCUCAUUACUAAAAUCAUGUCUCCGUGCUAUGCAUACCUUUAGUCAUUGUUGUGUUUGUAUGUGUAAUUAGUUCUUAUGUACAAUUAUUAAGUUUUAUUUGUUUGGAGAGGCUUUUAGGCACAUGGAGUCAUUUUUGGACAUUAUGAUAAAUAAUUUUUGUAAUGCUAUAACUUUUGAUUGCUUUGUCCUAUCAACACAAAUUUUCUCAGAUACAGUUGACAUGACUGGGAACACAACAAAAGCAGUUUUUAUGAGCUACCUUAUUUACACCCAGAGAUAUCUAAUGUCAAAUAAGGAUAAAAAAAAAAUAAAAAAAAGAAAUAUUUGGCAAAAUUUCCAAACACUUGACCCUCCCUGUUUUUUUUUGUUGUUGUUGUUGUUGUUUUUUGUUGUUUUUUUUUUUUCUCGAGUUAUAAGCCUUAAAUUUUGGGUUUGCCACUGAAACGGGACAUCUUUAAAAACAUUCAGAGCUUAAAGGGUUCAUGGAAAUCAUCUUGUCUGUACACAUUGAUAUUACUUAAAUUGCAGUGCAAAAAACAUUAUUUACUUGCAGUUGUACUUAAUUUUAAUAUAAUGUAACAUUAUAUAAUUUAUAUUAUAUUAAAUUAUAAACAUAAUAUAUUAUUUAAACAUAAUAUAUUAUUUAAAACUAUUUAAAUAUAAUAGCAUUGUUUGUUUCACAUUACAGUAAUGAGACAGUAAUUUAUUUAUUUAUUUAUUGUUUGCAUUAAGCUACUGAGAAUUGGGGAAAAUUGCAGUGAAAAUAAUGUCACAAUGCCAAAAAUCUUAAUGGUCUUAAAUAUUGGCUUCAUUUUCUUUAUGCAAACUAUAUGUAUUGUUAUUUAUUUAUUUUCUUUUGAUGUUAUAGUGAAAUAUGACCCAUGGCAGUUUUCAUGAGAUUCACCCACUUAUGGAUCACACAAGAUCUUUGUAAUGUUUUUAGCUUUUGAAUAAAUCUGAAACCUGAUCAUUCCUAUGGCAAGGAAACAGCAAAGUCACAUGCUUCAUAAUUUCUCUCCCUGAACUCCCCCUGUAAACACUCAAUAAUGUAUUGCACACCACUGCAGAGAUUUAUUUGAAUAACGCUUGGAGACUUCGCAUAACUCAAGAAUCAUUGGAGAGUUGUGUUAUGUAAAUAAAUGCUCCCACUACACUAAUAUAAUAUUGAUUAUUUCUAAACUCUUCAUCUAUAUGCAAAAUGUUAAGUUAAAUCAAGUAUUUGGAUAGUGGAUGGCUAUGAAUGUGACCACGUUCCCUGUUAUUUUAAAUCUCUUUUAAAAGUAAUAAUUGAUUUUAACCAUCAUGGGCCAACUUGGAUGUUUGUUUGAAUCUAGCACUUUUUUUUUUAAGUCCCAUUUAAAUAAUUAUUUUUACAUUUAUAAUAUUGCUUAAAGGGAUAGUUGACCCAAAAAUCAAAGUCCUCUCUUAUCAUUUACUCACCCUCAUGUUGUUUCAAACCCGCAUGACUUGUGCCUCACCAUUCACUUUCAUUGCAUCUUUUUUUUUUCAUACGAUGAAAGUAAAUGGUGACUGAAGCCGAAAGUCCCUAACAUUCUGCCUAACAAAUCCUUUUGUCUUCCAAGGUAGAAAGAAAGUCAUAUGAGUUUGGAAUGAAUACUUAUCUCUAGCUCCCCCCAGUGGUGUAUGAUUCUGUAAGAACAGAUAGAAAUGAAUGUAGCUGUAAAUCAUUUAUUGUAACUCAUAACAGGUGUUAUUGGAAGAGGUUUCCACUCUUUAGUCUUUAUCAGCAAGGAAACCCUUUUUUUUUUUUUUUUUUUUUUUACAUUGUCUUGCACCUAAAAUUGAUUUAGGAAAUGUAAAGAGCACUAGCACAAUCCAGCUGUUCAAUUAGCAUAUUUAUUUUUUAUAUGAACAUUAGAGCCGAACACAAUGCUGCCCCAAAGCUUUACAGUUAGCUAAAUAUCUAAUUUAAAUAGAAGCAUCAUAUAGCUACUCUGUUAUUUUAUGAUAUCUGCAGCACAUUUUCUUUUAGAUGGUUUAGUUUAACCCCUUUAAUUAGAGUCCUUUUCUUUUUUUCCCCUUUGUCUUGGUCUCAGCUCUCUUUUAUGUAUUGUUUCACAGUGUAACACAGUUUAGACCCUGUAAUAGACUGUACACUGCCAAACAUAGACUCCAGUUGGCUACAUCCCAGCUCAGUUUAUUAAGAUGCUGUGUGAUGUGUAUAUUUGUCACAUGGGCAUUUUUAAUUAAGGUACUUUUUUACGGGGGCAUUUAAGAGGAUUUUACAGUAAUUUAAGUGUGUCCCCUUUAAACAUUUUGUAUUGUUCACGAUAUGAUGUAAACCUGGAAUGUUUACCUGGAAACACUACAAUUUAGCUUAUUCUUUGAGUAUUCGAACAAGAGAAAACAAUGCUUAUGAAGUCUUAAUGGUUUCACUGCUCAGACGGUAUAUUACCGUGCACAAUAUGUGUUAGAGAAAGAAUUGUUUUGAUUGAUUAGGUGCUUUUAAACUAUCAAAUCUGAGGUUCUUACAUUAUAUUUGGAUUUUUUAAUUUUCUAUUUGGACGGCUUAGUCCAAUCAUACAUAAAUCAUGUAUUUCAAAUAAUCAAAAGGAAAAGAACACUGUUAGUAUCUGAUGCUGUUAGUCAUGAAUGAUUCAUAGAAUAUUGGUCACAGUAGGACUUUUAUUUUGGAAGCUCCAGUGCAUUUUAAUUGUUUUGUUUUUUAAAUCUUGUAUUGAUGAUGAAAAAAAGAACCUGGUCUGAUUGCAGAGACGGUUCGAGAAGUACAGCUUGUAUUUAUUGCACUUUCGUGAUUUGGGUGUGCUGUCUUUUCUUUUUCUUGUGAGACUUCUGAAAGCUGUGAAUUUUAUCAUCGACACUGUACUGUCAACCAGAAUUGUAAAUAUUAUCACCAGCACAAGAAUAUGUUUUGUAGUUUCACAACAAAUAUAUAUAUAAAAAGUUCCUUUUCUUCUAA